GGGGGAAAUGGCCAUUACGUUCUAUGUAGUGCACUAUUCUGUCGAACAGGCGACCAUUUUGGAUUACGUUUAGUGGCUUCGCAGAAACACCGCCGUUUCCACCGAGAGAUCUUCCGUUCAACACGACACAUUCUGUUUUCUAACUAGCGCCAUGCCUAAAUCAAAGGAAGUGCUGUCUUCAACAUCCACCAGUGAUUCAGAUAGCGAAGCUGACACGAAGGCCAAACGGAAGAAGCCAAUGACGGAGAAGCCAGCAAAGAAACAGAAGAGUGGGGAGUCAUCAAAGACGUCCAGUGCACCUAAAAGCGGCGGAAGCAGCGCCAAUAAAAAAGAUAACAUGUUCCAGAUAGGGAAGAUGAGGUAUGUGAGUGUGCGAGAGUUUAAAGGGAAAGUCCUCAUCGAUAUUCGCGAGUACUGGAUGGACCAGGAAGGUGAAAUGAAACCGGGAAAGAAAGGGAUUUCUCUGAACCCGGAGCAGUGGAACCAGCUGAAAGAGCAGAUCGACGAUAUCGACGACGCCUUGAGGAGAAUAUAAAAGCUGUUCACGAGACGUUCACGAACCCGUCUGCUUCUUUCCUCCGUCUGGAUUCCACUUACAUUUUCUAAGUCAGAUUAACAACCCUAGUAAUAAUAGUGUGAAUUUUCCGAUUAGGUUUUAGUGUCGUAUUUUUCUAUUUCUUUGUGUUUUUAUUCUACUGACGAAGCAACUGAAAGGCUACGCAUUGUUCUGGGUGGGUAUGGGUUUAACUUGUGCUCAUUUUUUACAAUAAACAUGAUGGGAAAACAAAUGUA